ACGCACAGAGUGGGUGAAGUCUGGGGCGAGAAGGAGGAACCCCGGCCUGUGGGCAGGGAGCUCAGGGGCACUCACCAGGGCCCUGGAGAGGCCAAGCAGCAUAGACCAGAGCAGUCAGAGGGGCUGCCUGGAGGAGGUGGCAGAGGCUGGGUACGCCGGCUGGCCUCGGGGAGACCCUGCUGAGAGGGGCCAGCGAGGGGCGCUGGGGUGGCCCCGGCCCGCUGGAGCAGGGCGCCAUGAACGACGUGGCCAUCGUGAAGGAGGGUUGGCUGCACAAGAGAGGGGAGUACAUCAAAACCUGGCGGCCCCGGUACUUCCUCCUCAAGAACGACGGCACGUUCAUCGGCUACAAGGAGCGGCCCCAGGAUGUGGAGCAGCGAGAGUCCCCCCUCAACAACUUCUCCGUGGCACAAUGUCAGCUGAUGAAGACUGAGCGGCCCAGGCCCAACACCUUCAUCAUCCGUUGCCUGCAGUGGACCACGGUCAUCGAGCGCACCUUCCACGUGGAGACACCCGAGGAGCGGGAGGAGUGGACGACUGCCAUCCAGACAGUGGCCGACGGGCUCAAGAGGCAGGAGGAAGAGAUGAUGGACUUCCGGUCGGGCUCGCCCAGUGACAACUCGGGGGCUGAGGAGAUGGAGGUGUCCCUGGCCAAGCCCAAGCACCGUGUGACCAUGAAUGAGUUUGAGUACCUGAAGCUGCUGGGGAAGGGCACGUUUGGGAAGGUGAUCCUGGUCAAGGAGAAGGCCACGGGCCGCUACUACGCCAUGAAGAUCCUGAAGAAGGAGGUCAUUGUGGCCAAGGACGAGGUUGCCCACACGCUCACGGAGAACCGUGUUCUCCAGAACUCUCGGCAUCCCUUCCUGACGGCCCUGAAGUACUCCUUCCAGACCCACGACCGCCUCUGCUUCGUCAUGGAGUACGCCAACGGGGGCGAGCUCUUCUUCCACCUGUCCCGGGAGCGGGUGUUCCCCGAGGACCGGGCGCGCUUCUACGGCGCCGAGAUCGUGUCGGCCCUGGACUACCUGCACUCGGAGAAGAACGUGGUCUACCGCGACCUCAAGCUGGAGAACCUCAUGCUGGACAAGGACGGGCACAUCAAGAUCACGGACUUCGGGCUGUGCAAGGAAGGCAUCAAGGACGGAGCCACCAUGAAGACCUUCUGCGGGACGCCCGAGUACCUGGCCCCCGAGGUGCUGGAGGACAACGACUACGGCCGGGCGGUGGACUGGUGGGGGCUGGGCGUGGUCAUGUACGAGAUGCUGUGCGGCCGCCUGCCCUUCUACAACCAGGACCACGAGAAGCUCUUCGAGCUCAUCCUCAUGGAGGAGCUGCGCUUCCCGCGCACGCUCAGCCCUGAGGCCAAGUCCCUGCUCUCAGGGCUGCUCAAAAAGGACCCCAAGCAGAGGCUCGGAGGGGGCUCAGAGGACGCCAAGGAGAUCAUGCAGCACCGCUUCUUCGCUAGCAUCGUGUGGCAGGACGUGUACGAGAAGAAGCUCAGUCCGCCCUUCAAGCCUCAGGUCACGUCGGAGACAGACACCAGGUAUUUUGAUGAGGAGUUCACGGCCCAGAUGAUCACCAUCACGCCGCCCGACCAAGGUGACAACAUGGAGGGGGAGGACAGCGAGCGGAGGCCCCACUUCCCGCAGUUCUCCUACUCGGCCAGCGGCACGGCGUGACGAAGGCCGGCUGGCUGCGCCGCGCUGCCCACCGCGCCGCCCACCGCGCCGCCCACCGCGCCGGCCCCGGGUCGGGGAGGAAGCCUGGCAGGACCGUUAGGAUUUCGUGUUUAGUUCUGGAUGCACUGGGAGGAGCCGCGCCCUGCUCCGGGGAUGGGAAGACCGGCGGCCCCGAGGAAGGGGUCCUGCGCGCUUCUCUAAUUUAUUUCAUCCGGGUCUCCAGACACGGCCUUGGCCUUCAGAACGAUUAGCCUCACAUAGGAAAAGGCUGAGGACCUCGCGCAGCCACGCGCCUGCGGCCCCCGUCCCUCCCGCCGGCUGUCCUGGCCCAGCCUGGCCGUGGCACGCUGGCCUGGUCCCCUCCCGGGGCAGGCCAGGCCGGGCUCGCCCGAGAGGCAGAGGAACGACGUUGCAAUCCGUUGCUGUGUAUCAUGCUAUUCACGUGCAUCUUGGGGUUUUGUUAAUCUUAGUGACAAGAAAGCCCCUCCCUCCCCCCCUUUUGUCCCUUUGGGGCCAUCCCACUUCGGUGGUGUCCCAGGUAUCACGUGUCCUCCGGAGCAGCUUCACUGGCCCGCCGUGCGCCCAGUGCCCUUCGGAGGGGCCUUCGGAGCACCCUCCGCGCCUCGCGGCCCGACGUUGUGCUGCACGGGGGCGCUUUUUACAUUCAACUUUACUAUUUUUACUAUUAUGAAACUUUCCCUCCGAAUUCUUCAAUAAACACUGCUUUUCAACUUU